AUGGACUUCAAGCCUGGAGAUUGGAACUGCGCCAACUGCAAAGAUCACAACUUCGCAUCGAGGAAUGCCUGCCGUAAGUGCGGUACCCCGCGCGAGGGUGGCGCUCCCGUAGGCGGCGGCGGUGGCGGUCAGUCCUGGGGCGGACGCUACGGCGGCGGCGGCGGCGGCUACUCGGGUGGCGGCGGCUACUCUGGUGGCGGUGGCUCCAGGAGGCCUGGUGACUGGGACUGCGAGAGCUGCGGUGAUCUCAACUUCGCGUCGCGGAGGGAGUGCCGCAAGUGCAACGCCCCCAAGCCGGCUGGCGCUGAAUCGGGCGGUGGCGGUGGCGGCUAUGGCGGCUAUUCGAGCGGUGGCUACGGUGGAGGUGGCGGCGGUUAUGGCGGCUACUCGGGUGGUGGCGGCGGCGGCGGCGGACGUCCCGGUGACUGGAAGUGUGGCGCGGCCAAGCCCAUCGGCGGCGGUGACGCGGACUCGGGUGCUGGCGGCGGCUACGGCGGCCGUGGCGGCUAUGGCGGUCGGGGUGGUGGCUACAGCAGCGGUGGCGGCUUCGGCGGCGGCGGCGGUGGUGGCGGUGAGCGACCUGGCGACUGGUACUGCCCGGGCUGCAGCGACAUGAACUUCGCCUCGCGAAUGGAGUGCCGCAAGUGCGGUACGGCCAAGCCAUAA